AUGAGUGAUACAAAGAGAGAUCCGGCCGAUUUACUAGCUUCUUUAAAGAUUGAUAAUGAGAAAGAGGAUACAAGUGAAGUUUCAACAAAAGAGACUGUUAAGUCCCAACCAGAAAAGACUGCUGAUUCGAUCAAGCCUGCAGAAAAAUUAGUUCCAAAAGUUGAGGAAAAAAAAACAAAACAGGAGGAUAGUAAUUUAAUCAGCUCAGAAUAUGAAGUUAAGGUCAAACUUGCUGAUAUCCAGGCUGACCCAAAUUCUCCAUUGUACAGUGCUAAAUCUUUUGAUGAAUUAGGAUUAGCACCAGAACUACUAAAGGGGAUAUAUGCUAUGAAAUUUCAAAAACCAUCCAAAAUUCAAGAAAGGGCGCUGCCAUUAUUAUUACAUAAUCCGCCUAGGAACAUGAUUGCUCAGUCUCAAUCAGGUACAGGUAAAACUGCCGCCUUUUCUUUAACGAUGCUAACAAGAGUAAACCCAGAAGACGCAUCUCCACAGGCAAUUUGCUUAGCCCCCUCCAGAGAACUGGCCAGACAAACACUAGAAGUCGUUCAGGAAAUGGGUAAGUUCACAAAAAUAACCAGUCAGUUAAUUGUUCCCGAUUCUUUUGAGAAAAACAAGCAAAUUAAUGCUCAAGUGAUUGUUGGUACGCCGGGCACUGUUCUUGACCUAAUGCGUAGAAAAUUGAUGCAGCUACAGAAAAUUAAAAUUUUUGUUUUGGAUGAAGCCGAUAACAUGUUGGAUCAGCAGGGUCUAGGUGACCAGUGUAUUCGUGUUAAGAGAUUUUUACCCAAGGAUACUCAACUUGUUUUGUUUAGUGCUACUUUUGCCGAUGCAGUUAGGCAGUACGCAAAGAAGAUCGUUCCAAAUGCUAAUACUUUAGAAUUACAAACAAAUGAAGUUAAUGUUGAUGCCAUCAAACAACUAUACAUGGACUGCAAAAACGAAGCAGAUAAGUUUGAUGUUUUAACUGAGCUAUAUGGUUUAAUGACAAUUGGAUCUUCCAUUAUUUUUGUUGCAACCAAAAAAACCGCAAACGUUUUAUAUGGGAAAUUGAAAAGUGAAGGUCAUGAAGUUUCUAUCUUGCAUGGUGAUUUACAGACACAAGAAAGAGACAGAUUAAUAGACGACUUCAGAGAGGGUAGAUCCAAAGUUUUGAUUACUACUAAUGUCCUGGCCCGUGGUAUUGAUAUUCCUACUGUCUCAAUGGUUGUCAACUAUGAUCUUCCAACGCUUGCUAACGGACAAGCAGAUCCAGCUACUUACAUUCACAGAAUCGGUAGAACCGGUAGAUUCGGCAGAAAAGGUGUUGCCAUUUCCUUUGUACAUGACAAAAAUUCUUUCAAUAUUUUAUCUGCAAUUCAGAAAUACUUCGGUGAUAUAGAAAUGACUCGUGUUCCAACGGAUGAUUGGGAUGAAGUCGAAAAAAUAGUUAAGAAAGUGUUAAAGGAUUAG